CCAUGUUCACCAUUGUGCUCCAAGUUCAGCGAUUCUCAUCGGAACCUAUAUAAAGCCAGAGCUGUGACUUUCUCUUGCCUCUCAUCAUGUCCUCUACGCUUGAGUCCUUGCCGCCCGAACUACUGCUCAAAAUCACUAGCUAUGUGUCCCUGCAGUCGCUGCGCAGUCUCCGACUCUCGUCGCGCCACCUGAAUGAUGUCUUCUCGAACAACGAGUGGACAGUGUAUCACAAUGCCGCUCUAUACCAUGCAUACGCCCGUCCUGAAUGCAUGGACUUAUCUGAUGCAAAGGCUUCCAAUAUGCGCUAUCCCAUAAAGGACCCAGCCUGCGACGGAUGGAAAGACUACUGCCGACGAUGUUUCCUUCUCGAUAGAACCUGGGCAGGUGUAGGCCAUUCAGAACCUGAGACGAAGGCAUAUCGUGAAGAUAGCCAGAAUAUCCACCGGAUCAAGGUUGACGAAGAGCUCGGGCUGCUCUUCACGUCUAGUCGACCUGGUGCAAAAGCUGCUAUCUGCGUCACGGACCUGAAGACUGGGGCCCUUCUGUGGAAAACGCCCUCGGACUACGUCCGUGCCUGGGCGCACGUCGAGUACGGGCGUGGGUUCCUCGUCUUCGAUCGAAUAUCGGGGCAGAAGGAGAUAUGGCGCCUUGCGGACGAUAUAGACAACUCUAGCGUUUCCGCCUCGCCUCCAGAUACGUCACAAAUGGAGGCCUUCAGUGUAACUUCGCGGCACCAUGGCCGCAGCGGCCGUGGCCGUCUUCGCCCCUGGGCGCUGCUCACGAUGCCUGAGAUGACUCGAGCCUGUCGCUUCGUCUAUCCAACUUUCCUCGCCGCCUCGCAGAACACCGCGUAUCUAUGGGAUCUCCCGUCCGCGAGGCUUGUGCAGACAUUGCACGGCUUCCAGGCAAUGCACAAUGACAUUGAACCUCUUGGCGACGUCCGCUACGUCGACGUGGAUGCACGGCACGUCGUCCUCUGCGGCCAGAACGGAAUCCGCGUUAUCAGCCGCGAGGACAGCAGCGUCGUUCUUCGCCUGUCUAAUACUGGAUCCUCGACCAUGCUGAUGAGUCCAGAAUUGACUCAGGGAUCCGAUCGUAUCCCUCUGGUGUCGCCACUGAAGACAGAACACAUGCGCUCGAGAGACGGACAUCCCUGGGGACGAUUCCGCGCAGCACACCUCUCCGAGACCGGCCGCGAUCUCGCAUGUUUGCUGGCGGAUGGGCGUCUCGUGCUAAUCCGCGACUUCGAGCGCGCCGUCAGCGGGAACGUUCCCAUUGCGGACGCCGCGCUUGAGGUUGACCUCACGCAUGUGCGCCGUUCAAACCAGAACUUGACCUACAGCCUCGUAGCGAGGAGGAAUACACGCGCUGGGUACUACCUCGCUUUCGAGCAAGGUCGCGUGGUUGUCGCGACGUCGAGCGGGUUGUAUGUGGUUACGCUCGAUGCGAGCCAGCGCGGGCUUUCCAUCCAUGGUGCCUCAGCUGAGGACAAAUCUACGGUUCUCCAACCACCACAAUCGGAAGACGGCAUCUCUGAGAACACAGAGAUAGCAGUGUCAUGGCUCCCCCGCAUCAGCGACGCCGAAGUGCUACAGCACAUCAGCUGCUUACAGCUCUCCGCGACGCGUCUCUACAUCACUUGGCAGGCAAAUCGGGUGGAUGUUAUUCCCAACAGGCACUGCAACGUCACCGCGCAGGUGUGGAAAGACGACCCCCCAUACUACGAGCCCGAUGUGAAAAAUGUCUGGACUGGGCGGCCGAUGGUCCAUCCGAGGGGGCCUCUGAGAGAUCCUGGGUUCGUUGUGUUGUGUGUUGAUUUCGGCGCUUCGGCGGGGGGCGAGGUGAGAUAUUAGGAGAUUACAUUGCAAAUGAGUGGUUAUUGAUUGCGAAACUGAUGAGUGGUGAUCUCGGGCGACGCUUGUAUGUAACUAUAGUCUGUGUUCUUGAUCUCUUGUGACUUGACAGGGACGCGCCACGUCAGCUGCAUUUGGAAAGUGUAGUGGUCAACGCGAACGCCUAUUAUGCAUAUAUGUCACCCCAGGAAGGCUGCACAGUCUGUCUUCGGCUCCUCCCGCAGCGAUGCGAAGCCAUCUUACAGUACAUGCGCCUGUGCCCUGCUCCCUGAGGACUCCUUUCUACAUCCCCGCUGGCUAACAUAUACAUAUCAUAAUUGCUGUCUCAUAUUCCCCUCGCAGGUUGAUGUAAUCCACAGGCUGCACCUGGUCUGCACAUCAC